AGGAGGAAUGACGCUCAGUCAACCAAUGAUGGUGGAGCUUCUGAGGCUACAUCAUCUUCUUCUUCUCCGACCACUGUCACUCCAAUCCCUACAACGACAACAACAACAACAACAGAUAAAGGCCACAACAAUAACAAUUGUAUAUCAAAAGACACAUCACUUGGAGAAUCAGUGAUCACAUUGUUGAUGUGGUGCUACAGUGAGCGCGACUUUAAUAGUGAACCAGUCAAUCAGUUCUUCUCAAAGGUCUAUGAUCACUACCAUCUGUCAAACUUUCAGAUCAAUCAGUUUGUAGAGUCACACUCUCUAUGUAACUACACUCUCUAUGCCAAUAGUAGACAUCGUACUACAAACCAGUCAUCAUCGUCAUCCGAUCCCAACAAUAACAACAACACUGGUGCUGAUACAACAAACAAGGGUACAGCAGAGUUUUAUAACAACUCAAUGUUGCAGAGGUUGGAGAAAGAGAGUAUAUGCUCUAUCAAUGAUGAGAAGGACAAAGAGAUUCGAGAUGCAAUUGAUUAUCUCAAGAAGAAUGGUAUCAAACAACAUUUGGACAUGAAUCAGACACAGUUUGUAGAUUGGGAACUGGCAGAGGCAUUGCUGUCACAUAUCAAUCUCUAUCAGACACCUCGUGAUAAGAUCAUGACUAUACUACGUUUCACACGAGCCAUCUGUCAAGGUCUUCGAGAGACUGGCAAGACAUUUGGUUCAGACGAGGUUAUCAGCUGUGUCGUCUAUGUCAUUGUUCAAAAGAACCCUGACUUCCUUUAUACAAACACCAAGUAUGUAGAUGACAAAUCAAAGAAGUCAAUCAGCAAUGGUAUACGCAAUGUCUUUGAAAGAACAACAUCCAACUAUCGUGGACUCAAGAUUGCACUUGCUGCUGCAGUUGGUGGUACACUGCUGGCUGUCACAGGUGGACUUGUUGCUGCACCAAUCUUGGGUGGUGUGCUUCACCUGGUGGGCGCGACCUAUGUGCUGACGGCCCUGACCGCCGCUGGAAUCAGUGGCACCGCACUUACAUCACUGCUGUUUGGCGCAGCUGGUGCAACAUUGUCAGCCGAUAUUGUCAAGAAGAACACUUCGGGCCUGGAGGAAUUCUCCAUCAACAAGGUCAACCAGACAUUUGGACUGCACGUGAACAUUGGCGCUCUUGGCUGGGUGGAGAGCGAGGACGGCAAGAAGGACAUGAUCGAGUGGGAGCAGAACCUGCUCACGGGUGUCCUGUGUCUGGGGGAGGUCGACAUCAUCGAAUGGGAGAACAAGCUAUUACUCCAACUGUUUGAAUCACUCAAGAACUACAAAAAGUCUGUGGAGGACAGCUCAAAGUUUGCCAAGUUCACAUCGAGAAUGCUACACGAUGCCAUCCUUCCCUCGGCCAGCAUAUUGGAGGCAUUCUCAUUGAUCAAGACGUGCUGGGGCACUGUCAAGGAGCGUGCACAAAAGGCAGGAGUGUUGCUUGCCGAUGAGAUCAUGAACAAGCGAUUCGGAAGGAGACCUCUCACGUUGUUUGGCAUCUCAAUGGGUGCAAGGUUGAUGUACUACUGUCUACUGGAGCUCAUCAAACACAAGCAGUAUGGUAUCAUUGAGAACGUUGUCUUUAUUGGUGCUCCCAUCCCUGUGGACCUAAAGAUAUGGGGCAAGAUAAGGAAACUGGUCAGUGGAAGAGUGGUCAAUUGCUAUUCAUCCGAUGAUGUACUGUUGCAGUACUGCUACGAAGCCAACAGUUUGCCAGAUGAGAGGAAGUAUAUUGCUGCUGGAUUCUCACCGGUUCGCAAAGAGAACAAUGAGAUCUUCUCAUUCUCAUCGGUGUUUGUGGAUACCACCAAUGUUACUUCAACAACCAACAAUAUGGAUCAGACAGUUGAACUAAAGACUUACAACGAUAUCAACAACAACAACAACAUUCAAGAACAGGAACAAGAGCCUUUGUUACCAGAAGCUACCUCAUCAACUACCAAGCAACCCUCAUCAUCAAAGAAGACCAACAAACAACAGAACGAGGCAGAGUUGAAAGAGAAGAGAUUAGAGUUCUAUUUGGACAUGAUUGAGAAUGUGGACGUCAGAGCGAUCAUCUCAUCACAUCUGGACUACCAAAAGAGUGGCGUCCUCAAGAACAUAUUCAACCAUGUCAACAUCAACAAGAGUGAGCCUUGUAAGCCAUACAUCUUGGUGAAGAGAUAA